CAGACUGGUGUCCGGUGGGCUGCAGUGCGCCCGCUUAGUCUAGUGUUGUAGUUCGGCUGCGCAGCUCCUUCUCUGAGGUGCGCUCUCUGUGAUCUCGGGCCUCACCGUCCCCAGUCACGCCUUCCGCAGCCCCGCAGCCCCGCCACAGCCAUGUCCAAGCAGGCGCGGCCCGGGCUCGAGGAGAUCAUUGAGUGCCAGGUGAUGUGGGAGCCUGACAGCAAGAAGAACACGCAGAUGGACCGCUUCCGGGCGGCCGUGGGCGCCGCUUGGGGCCUGGCGCUGGAGAAUUACGACGACUUGUACCAUUGGUCAGUGCAGUCAUAUUCAGACUUUUGGGCCGAGUUCUGGAAAUUCAGCGGAAUUGUCUACUCUCGAAUGUAUGAUGAGGUUGUGGACACAUCCAAAGGGAUCACAGAUGUCCCCGAAUGGUUUCGAGGCAGCCGGCUCAACUAUGCCGAGAACCUCCUGCGUCACAAGGAGAAUGACAGAGUUGCCCUUUAUGUGGCCCGGGAAGGCAGAGAGGAAAUUGUGAAGGUGACUUUUGAAGAGCUGCGACAGCAGGUGGCUCUGUUUGCAGCAGCCAUGAGGAAGAUGGGUGUGAAGAAAGGGGACCGUGUGGUUGGUUAUCUACCCAACAGUACACAUGCUGUGGAGGCCAUGCUGGCUGCUGCCAGUAUUGGAGCCAUCUGGAGCUCUACUUCGCCAGACUUUGGUGUGAACGGUGUCCUGGACCGGUUUUCUCAAAUUCAGCCGAAGCUUAUCUUUUCUGUGGAGGCUGUUGUCUACAACGGCAAGGAGCACAGUCACCUGGAGAAGUUGCAGCGAGUUGUGAAAGGGCUGCCUGACCUGCAGAGAGUGGUGCUCAUCCCCUAUGUCAUCCCUAAGGAGAAGAUAGACAUUUCCAAGAUCCCAAACAGUGUGUUCCUGGAUGAUUUUCUGGCAAGUGGGACAGGUGUGCAGGCACCCCAGCUGGAGUUCGAGCAGUUGCCCUUUAGCCACCCUCUGUUCAUCCUGUUCUCCUCGGGCACAACAGGAGCACCCAAGUGCAUGGUGCACUCAGCCGGGGGCACUCUCAUCCAGCACCUGAAGGAACAUGUGCUACAUGGCAACAUGACGAGCACUGACACCCUGUUGUACUACACCACAGUUGGCUGGAUGAUGUGGAACUGGAUGGUGUCUGCCCUGGCCACGGGAGCAUCCUUGGUCCUCUACGAUGGCUCCCCCUUGGUCCCAACGCCCAAUGUGUUGUGGGACCUGGUGGACAGGAUAGGUAUCACCAUCCUGGGGACAGGAGCUAAGUGGCUGUCAGUACUGGAGGAGAAGGACAUGAAACCAGUGGAAACCCACAACCUCCACACGCUUCACACGAUCCUGUCCACUGGCUCCCCACUGAAAGCCCAGAGUUAUGAGUACGUGUACAGAUGCAUCAAGAACAGUGUGCUCCUCGGCUCCAUCUCAGGUGGCACUGACAUCAUCUCCUGCUUCAUGGGCCAGAAUUCAUCUAUUCCUGUGUACAAGGGUGAGAUCCAGGCCCGGAACUUGGCCAUGGCUGUGGAGGCCUGGGAUGAGGAAGGGAAGGCCGUCUGGGGAGAGAGUGGUGAGUUGGUAUGCACCAAGCCCAUCCCCUGCCAGCCCACACACUUCUGGAAUGAUGAGAAUGGCAAUAAGUACAGGAAGGCCUACUUCUCCAAAUUCCCAGGUGUCUGGGCACAUGGUGACUACUGCAGAAUUAACCCCAAGACGGGAGGCAUUGUCAUGCUGGGCCGGAGUGAUGGCACACUCAACCCCAAUGGCGUGCGCUUUGGCAGCUCGGAGAUCUACAAUAUUGUGGAAGCCUUCGAGGAGGUGGAGGACAGCCUGUGUGUUCCCCAGUACAACAGGGAUGGAGAGGAGAGGGUGAUCCUGUUUCUGAAGAUGGCGUCUGGGCACACCUUCCAGCCCGACCUCGUGAAGCACAUCCGUGAUGCCAUCCGCCUUGGCCUGUCUGCUCGCCAUGUGCCCAGCCUCAUCCUGGAGACUCAAGGCAUCCCAUACACGCUCAACGGCAAGAAAGUGGAGGUGGCUGUGAAGCAGGUGAUGGCUGGGAGGGCCGUGGAGCACAGUGGGGCGUUCUCCAACCCUGAAACCCUGGACUUGUACCGGGACAUUCCUGAGCUGCAGGACUUUUGAGCUACAGCUCUGUGCUGUUCAGCUAUGGAACUUCCAGAACUUCUAUACAUUCAAGGAGCACAUAGACUGACGGCUGGUCCAGACGGUCGUGGGACUGUGGCUCUGCAGGCUCGGAAGCAGUGUUCCUGUCUAGGAGUCACUGGUGGGGACCAGAUCCCCCACACACCAUGAUGGGCCUGGCCUUCAGAGACCAGAGGGUGCAUUGAGGCUUAUCGAGGCCCUGUUCUGAGUGCAUGGGUCUGCACAUGGCCUUGCAGGCACAGGGCUCAUGACAUUUGGUGCCAGCACACCCAAGGAGCGAUGUGGCCCUCAACCUUGUGAGCCUCCUGUACUAUUUCGCUCUAUGAAGGUGCAUGUCUUUUUACCCUCUGCCCCCUAUCUUUCCUGGCCUGGCUUCCCUCAGCCAUAGUGUCCUGUUAAGAGCUGGCUGAGGUCAGGGUACCCUGGCACAGUGUGCUUGUCACUUCACAGAUGGCUGUUUGGAUUUCUGGGCUGACAGUUCAUGUGCUGUCUGCCACAGCCAAAGCACCAUUCCAGGGGAACCAAGGGUCACACUCUGCCGAGACAAGUCCUCUGGGCUGGUGAGUGUUCUUACUCUGCCUCAGGGUCUUGAUGGCACAAUGUUUAAACGGGUCAGAUGUUUUAAUAUUAAUUGAGGAUCUGGUGUAUGUGGGCUCUUGAAGCACUGGAUGUCCACUCCAUGCCACCCUCCAGGUACAUGCUGGGCAGUGUAACCUCGUCUACAGGGACAGAGCUGCCUGGCAUUGCACUUCCUCCACCUGGCAGUUCUGCUAUUCCUGUCGUGUGUCAGCACUUGUAAAUGAGGUCUCAGCUUUGGGCCAGGCACACCUCUGCUUUUUGUAGGCCAUACAUCAGAAAUCCUGGUGGUUGUUUUUGUAUUUUUUUUUAAACUGAACACAACAUAAUACCUUUUAGAAAUCUUCAGGAUUUUAAAUCUAUAAGGGAAAAGUGCUAUGAAGAAUUUUAUGCAAUAAACAUGUGUAUCAUGCA